AUGCUUGUCGUUCAGGUGUCGUCAGUGCGGCUGGCGGCGGGAUUCGGGGUAGUUUUUGUGGUUGCUAUCAUUGGCUAUGUGUUGUACAACCGAUUCUUCCACCCCUUGAGGCGGAUACCAGGCCCGUUCCUCGCGACGGUGACCCCCUGGGUGCAGCUCUACCACGGCCUCAAGGGCGACCGGCACCUGUGGCUGCACGAUCUCCACCAACAGUACGGCUCGCACGUGCGCGUGGCACCGAAUUUCGUCUCCGUCAACACGGUUCAGGGCUUGCAUGACAUCUACGGCCAUGGGAAGCGGCUGAAAAAGGCCGACUUCUACAACGCCUUCCCGGCCAUCAAGGGCGUGUACAACACUCACAAUGUCAUCGAUAAGACUGUUCAUGGCCGGAAACGGCGCGUACUCAGCCAAGCAUUCUCAGAUCAGGCGCUAAAGGGCAUGGAGGAUCUGAUGCUACUGCAUGUCCGCCAGCUCUGCUCCAUCUUUGCUGGGGAGCGAUAUGGCAAGGAUAUCAAGCCUGAGCAUAGCAGCGGCGGCAAAAAGGGACUGACCGUCAACCUGUCUGACUGGUUUGGUUACCUGACGUACGACGUCAUGGGCGAGCUCUGCUUUGGCAAGAGCUUCGACAUGCUCAUUGAUGGUGCGAGGAGAGGCAUGAUCCAUUUGGUCGACAGAGCGGCUUACAGGCAUUAUGUGUGCGGAUUGUGGAUGCCUCUGGACCGCUGGAACCUCGACAAGAUCUUCAUUCGCAAGCUGACCAAUGACCGAUGGAACUUCAUCAUGAAGUCUCGCGUCGAGGCCAACGAACGGGCCAAGGAGCGGGUGCAGGCCGGCCACGGCGCGAAGAAGGACUUUUUCUACUACUUGCUCAACGCCAAGGAUCCCGAGACGGGCAAAGGCCUGGCGACGCAGGAGCUGUGGGGGGAGGCGAACGUGCUGAUGAUCGCAGGCAGCGACACCACCUCGACCAGUCUGGCGGCCACCGUGUUCUAUCUCGUUCGCAACCCUCGUGCCAUGGAGAAGCUGAAGAAGGAGGUCCGCGGGAGCUUCAAGGACGUGGAGGAGAUUGUCAGCGGCACGCAGCUGAAUGACCUGGUCUAUCUCAAGGCGUGCAUCGACGAAGCCAUGCGUCUGGCCCCGGCGGUUCCAGGCGCAAUUCCCCGGGAAGUGAUGGAGGGCGGUGUUGAGGUUGACGGCGUGUACCUCCCUGGAGGCACCGACUGCGGCACACCCACCUUCUCCAUCCACCGUCAUCCGGACUACUACCGCGAGCCACUAGCCUACGUUCCAGAACGAUGGAUCGAAGGAGAAAAGUGUCAGACGCCGUCUGACUCAUGGAUAUCAACCAAGGAGGACGUUGAAAUCGCCCGUCGCGCGUUCUGCCCGUUCAGCAUCGGGCCGCGGGGAUGCAUCGGCAAGAGCAUGGCGUUGAUGGAGAUGCGGCUGACGCUGGCGAGGAUGAUAUUUUUGUUCGACAUCGAGCUGGCCGACAAGACGGGGGAGGAUGAGCAUGGCCAGUUUGCGAUGGUGGACCACUUUGUCGUGUCCAAGACGGGGCCCAAUGUCGUUAUUCGGAAGAGAUCUAUGUAA